AUGAGUGAUCAGCGGCAGACAGGGAAGGUCAAGUGGUUUAGUGACCAAAAAGGGUUUGGUUUCAUAACCCCAGAUGAUGGUGGUGACGAUCUAUUUGUCCAUCAAUCUUCCAUCAAAUCUGAAGGGUAUCGCAGCCUUGGAGACGGCGAAGAGGUUGAGUUUGUGAUCGAAUCCUCUGACGAUGGCCGUACUAAGGCUGCUGAUGUCACUGCCCCUGGUGGAAACCCAGUUCAGGGCAUCCGAUCUAGUGGUGGAUAUGGUGGCGGUGGUGGGUACGGAGGCGGCGGGGGCCGGGGAGGUCGUGGAGGCGGUUAUGGAGGUGGCGGAGGCUACGGAGGAGGAGGUGGUGGGUAUGGAGGUGGAGGGUAUGGUGGCGGUCGGAGAGGUGGUGGUGGUGGAGGGUACGGUGGUAGUGGUGGUGGUGGGUAUGGAGGCGGCGGCGGCGGAGGGUGUUAUAGCUGUGGGGAGUCGGGGCAUAUGGCUAGGGAUUGUCCACAAGGCGGCGGUGGUGGUGGAAGGUACAGUGGAGGGAGUGGCGGAGGUGGUGGUGGUGGAGGGUGUUACAACUGUGGUGGGUCCGGCCAUUUUGCUAGGGAGUGUCCUAACAGUGGACGUUGA